UGCCACUCGGACACAUACAAUUCGCACGUUCUUAUUGUUGUCUAGCUCCUGUGUAAUUAAUGCAGCACACAGAGCAUUGAUUAAUUAUUAAACAGUAACUCAAAUAAUGUUUUUUCAUUAAAACUUAAUAAAUCACUGCUUUUUCUAUGUUUUAAGCAAUCAAACCGACCAUCAAAUCAGUAGCUAUGUGGAUGCAAACAACUGACAAGUACUUGUGCAAUCAAUCAAAGCAGCUAAAAUGCUUCACACGGAGACAUUGCCCAACCACCAAGGCAUUUACGCGCCGUUAAGUCAGGCAAUGACGGAUUCCGAAUCUGAUGAGGAAAUUGAAAUACACAACGUCAGCAAGCACCGAAAGCUACAGCAGCAGCAACAACAGCAUCAGCAGCAACAUCAACAACAACUUCAAUCUCAACGCAGUCGCAUACCACCAAAUACUUUAGCCUUAAAGUCGCAACACACCCGCAUUGUGGGCGGCGGCCAAUUAAAGCAGUCGCUGCCACUGCCACAGAAAUUCCAAUUGGACACCCACAAUACCAACAACAGCAGCAGCAGUUACACCACAAAUAUGCAAAACACAUUCCGUUCGGUCAUGCUGAGCGACUUGGGGCCCAGCAAUGGCGCAGAGUUCUCCAAUUUCAACAGUGAAUACGAUGUGAGCGCCGAUAAUGUGGCCAUAUUGGGAAGUAAUAGCACAGAGCAGGAUAAGAGGACGCCCAUGUCACCGGCACGUCGUUGCUGCUUCAUUGCCUCGCUCUUGCUGUGCCUCUUUACCAUCGUGGGAUUUGUUUGGCUAGUGCCCUGUGGCGAUUCGGAGGGCGGUGGGGCGUGUCCAGCACCAGUGGAUCGCAUCAAGACACACAACCGGCUCAACAAUUAUACAAAAAUUGAGCUUAAGGGUGGUGUCAAUGUCGUCAGUGGAUUGCGCUCAUGGGAAAACAAUUUAAUAUUUCUCUAUCGCGGCGAUGCCUUCUUUCCGGAAUUUCGCCCGAACAAUCACAAGCGCAAUGGCAUCAUAUCGCUAAUUGGCAGCUCAGGUGCCGUAGCUUGGUAUAAUGAGAUGGUUGACGAGCCAGUGGCCAUAGAUUGCACCCUACUCGAUGUGGAUCGAAAUGGACGGCCCGAUUGCCUCGUCAUUGAUGAGUAUGGUGAGUUGGGUGCCGUUAAUCCAGUAUCCGGACAAUGGCAUUGGCGAUACAAAGAGCGAGCAGCACAUAAAGUGGAUGCCUACAAUUUUCCAUUGAUCUUGCCGGAUUUGGAUGGCGAUGGCGUUUUAGAUAUAUUGCUGGUGUCUAGCGUAUCGCUAGAGAAACGCACCAAGACUUUCGUACAGCAACAACAGGAGCCGGGUACGCAGGCUGCCUCCCUAUUGGAAGCGCGCAAUGUCCUGAGAAUUUUAUCCGGUCAUUAUGGCAAGCCCAUUGGAGAUGGUUUCCGCGUUCACGAAUGCACGCAAAUCAGUCGCCUGCAAUUGGAGCAUGCCUCAACUAUUACUUAUACGUGUCUGCGUAAUAAUACGGAGCUGCAAUGUUCCAAGACGCUUGCGGAACUCUAUUCGCUCAUCACCAACAAAUCGAUUGUGGGCCAAAAGCUGUUGCCAGCCUCCAAAAUCUCACAGCAUCGUCAUUAUGGGCAGCGCAAGGAUAUUGAUUCGCAACGAAAUAUUUACUCUCUUAGCGGGCGAGAGCUUGUGGUUGAAAAUCGAGGCAAAUGUCCCGAGGAUUGCAAUGUAACGCUGGUGCUCAGUGAGGUGCGGGAUGGAAAGCCAGCGCAUGUGCUUCGAAAUUUCACCAACACCGGCAUGUACGGCAUGGUGCCAGCUCAGUGGCACUUCAAGAACUCCAAAUCCAAAAUGUCCGGCUUUGUGAUGAAGUUCUGGAAGUGGCAUAAUGUUCGAAACGAUGCAACCAUCUCCAAACAGCAGCAAAAUAGCAACAACAAUGUGCAAAAGAAUUAUACAAACAGUACUUUGAAAAACAUAAAUGCUAUCAAGGACAACAACUCUAAGUCUUACAAGGCGCAACAGCAGCAAAAGAAGCAACAACAACAGCAACAAAGGCUGAAGAGACUUACACACGAAUUUCCCCCCAGCAGUCAUGAGUUUGAUGCUUUUGACCAUUUAAUACAAAAACGCGAGACAUACAGUGUACCAGUUAAGAACCUGACCAAGACCAGUGCUGGGCAGACAUUGCUGCUCAACAACUAUAAGAUGCAGAUGAUAACCGAAACGGUAAUAUUGGUGCUAUUUAUUGGCGCCGACACACGCAUCGAGAACACAUCACAAAGUAAUAUUGUGCAGUUUUGUCGCAACAAUCACAAUGAGGUUGUCUGCCAACCUGAUCUGAAUAAUCAAGAGAACUCGAUGCUGAUUGCUGAUCUCGACCAGGAUGGCUCACAAGAAUUGGUCUCCUAUAUGUCCACCUUUGUGCAGGCCAACGAGGAGCCCGACAAUUGGAAAUUGGUCACUUAUGUGCGUCUCUUGCGAUUGCAGUCCGAAUUGCCGGCAUUUUACGACGAAGAGAAACGCAACUAGGUGGGCAACAAUGUGAGGUUAUAUUUGGGAACGUGCAUUUAAACAUAAAGUUAAUACGUUAUUUGAGUAAUUGUGUCAUAACCAUAAGUAGUCAUUCGUAGCCUAAUUGAUAUAGUUGCAUGCGUAUUAAUAUUGUACAUUAAAUAAAUCCUUUUCUAGAUUCCCAAUAAAA